UGUCAACUGUGUAUAAAUCAAUAAAUUCUUAAAUAAAAAUAUUUUGUACAUAAUAAUCAUGAUGUUCAGAUGAAUAAAAAAAAGAAAUACCAGUUCUCAUUCAGAUCAGAGAUAACAAGAAAGAAGAAUAUAGAAUUUACAUUGUAAUCCCAAUCUUCGAAGUUAAGGCUGUACCGUUUAUAUUAAAAAUAAUGUUAAUUAAACUUCCCUAACAUUAGUCUCUUAAAUUACAAUAAAAUAAAUUGAAAACUAUGUCGGUUAACGAUUUCAACAGUGUCGAGAUUUGGUGUUAAAUUAAUAAUGGGGUGUUUCCAUAGCAAGAAAGAAAUUUCCGAUUUACAUCCGAAUAUCUUUCGUGUUGUAAAUAUUGAUGAGAGUGGUGUUGAUCUUUGUUCUGGCCAGCUGGAGAUAACGGACUCUGACAUUAUUCUGUACAGGGAAGGCAGAGAUUGUACUGUUUGGCCCUUACAUUCUUUACGACGAUAUGGUUUUGAGGAGGACUUAUUCAGUUUCGAAUCAGGAAGAAGAUGUGAAACCGGAGAAGGUAUUUACGCAUUUAGAUGUAGGAGAGCAUCUGUACUGUUCCGGACACUGCAACAACAAAUUCAACUAAGAAAUGUGGUACACGACUCGGUACCAUUUCCAGUUUCACGGAUGACAUCAUCGUCUCACAGCCGCCAAACACUCCAAGCCAGUGUUGUUCAUCGAUCCUCUGUUGAUAACGGCCCGCCAGACACUACAUUACGCUCCACUUCAGGUAUGCCAAUGCUUCCUUGCAAUACAGCGCGCACAUCACCUAACGCAGAUAUUCUAGAAGUGACGCCGCUUUACCCUCGGUCACAAACCAAUACUCACGCAACAAAUGUUUACCAAGUGAAUGACUUCAAAAGAGAGCAUAAUAAUAAUCAAGCAGAAAGUAGUACAGAAACAGGUCACGCUUACACAAAUGAUUUAAACAGAGACUUGGCGAUGCUCAGAAAAACACUGCGACGUGAGAUGGCCUUAACUGCUAUACGGGAUAUUGAAGAUGAAACGCGAUUUCUUCAAGGUAGAUACCUGGAGAAUGAAGAUGCUUCCACGUCGGAAAAGGUAUUAGACAAAACAGAUUCAGAUAUAAAAGAACCAACAACACCAACGAAAGAUAACGACAAUGUGACUAACGACAAGGAACAAUUAGCUCCGGCAACCGGUGAUACAGAAACUUCUGCUAGAUAUAUGAAUAUGAUCCCCAAAGAACAAUCUCCCCCAGAAACAAUUAAAGAGCCCGCAGCUGCCAUAGCAGCGCCAGUGACACCUGUUAUGCCAUAUUGCAAUCUAACACUUGGUUCAAGCAUUGAGGUUAACUCAUAUGCUAAUCUUUUGUUAGGCGAAAUACCUGAUGUUAUUAAGAAACGGGAACACCAGCAGAAGUUCUCGGAGUCCGAUACAUUUACAUCAAUGUCUCCAGUGGAAGACAUGGAAGUGAAUUACGCUGUUUUAGACAUAGAUACAAAUAGAGAAUUUUUAAAGACAGAAACAAAUAUUGCCAGUCCGGAAACCCAAUCGUUCAAUAGUUCCAAAAAUGAUAGCACAACAUCCCAUUCAUCACAUGCACGUAGCCGUGUGGUGUCCCAAAACAGUAUUGAUAAAAGUUCCAGUGGUAAUGCUGUAACAUCUCUCACUAGCAUUGGUUACACUACAAUAGACUUUGACAAAACUGUCGCAUUGACCUCAGUCGCGGCGGCGGCUGACGCCAAUCUGGAUGCUUGUCGUAAAAGUAGGCAUAACUCAUGUGUCAUCAUUUAUAAUCCGUCUGAUAAAAAAUAAUCAUAUAAUAGAAAUCAGGUUUUUGUAUUCUUCAUAACAGCUAACCAAAGGUUUAGAGAUUACGGAUGUAAUGAUAAUAUAAUUGCCAAAGUUUUUGACAGGAUUUUUCCAAUAUUCCAAAGUUACAUACUUUAGGUAAAUUUAGUUCUAAAAAGCCAAAGAUUUUUAGCAAUUUUUUUUGUAUUAGCCAAUAAUAUGGGAAAGGUUUUUAUUAAAAUUUUAUAUGUUCCUACAAUUUUGGUAGCAAACAGUAUAAUUGGUAAAUAUUGUCCACUUCACAAUCAUAAUAGAGUAUAAGAAAAUAUAGUAGAAUUAUGUACAAGUCAAUUCUAUGAAAUUUUAUGUGUAAUGAAGCAGAUGUGUAUAUUAAUUAAAACAUCUGUAUUGUAUUAAUACCUACAUAAGCAAAGUACGUGUAGGUAAGUACAGUUGCCAUUAUAUUAAAGUCCUCUUUUUCGCAGUUAAAAUUCAAAUUCAAAUAUAUUUAUUCAAAAUAGGGAUUUAAAAUCACUUAUUGAACGUCAAAAACUACCACCCAUUCAAAAGACACUGCCUCAGACCUGAGAAGAAUGGGCGCAAGAAACUCAUCGGGCUUUUUCUAAAUAUAAAAUAUGGAUUACAAUGUAAUAUCGUACAAUAAACAUUUAUAAUUAAAGAGCCUGAGGGUGUUCGCUUUAUUCCCAGUCCGUGGUGUCAUUAAGAAAAUCGUUUAGUGUAGACUUAAGUUGAUAGUUAUGUAAUUUUGGCGCUCAGAGAUUCUUUUCCACACACAUAGUGAAUGGAGUAAGAAAUGACCUCUCCACAUCGAUAAAGUGGACGUCACUGGACAAAAUUUUAAUUGAGUAGAGUCGAUUAUCCAGCCUGCCAACCACGAUCGGAUAAUUUGAUAGUUAACCAAUGUGCUCCAGGUUUUCAGAUAAUGUCGGUUGACGAAAUUGUUGAAAACCUUUGAAGCGAAAACGAUCAUAUAACAGAAAAAAAUUAAAUAUACAAGGCUUGAAUGUCAACAAAGUGUGGUACCGUGAGUUUACGUACAACAACAUAAUCUAUUGUGGUUGGAAAUAUCCGUAGCAAUCAAAAUACAAAAUUGCUUGUGCCAAGUAACAUUAUAAACAUUAAUUAUAUGAAAUUGCGACAGUGACAGUUUGAUAUAAAAAUAAUUUAGACCGAAUGAAACAGUGCGCUUAAUGUUAAUAGAAGUCAAUUUAACAAUUGAUGUUAAUAUCAUAAUAUGUGGAGUGUUUCUUUGUAUCAAUCCAAUUAUCUUUUAAUAACAUCAUUUAUUUUGUUUUAUUUAUACAUUUAAUUUGUUUAUCUAAUUUGUACGCAUACCUACCUUAUCUACAUUAUAUGGUACCAAUCAUUUAUAAAUAAAAUAUACAAAAAUAGGUUUUAUUUAAAUAUUCACCGGAUAUUCGAUUAUCGAAAGUGUUUAUGACAACAAUUAGUCCGGUUAACAUGUCUCUACUCUAAUGUGCUAUUUAUGCUCUUGAAACAGGAUUUGACAUGUCAUGUGAACGAAAUAAAAUAUAGCAAAUAACGCGAUUAAUGUUUUCUGUAUAUGUGAAUAAUAUACAAAUAUCCUUAUGCUGACGAAAUAAGAUUAAUAAAGAUAAAAUUCAAGUCGUUAAGCUAUACGGAACCACUGAUCCAUAAGGCUUAUCUAAUCUUAUUUCAGGUUCUUAGAUAAAAAACACGUCUUUGAAAUUGACAGAUACGAAAAUGUUUAUCGCUACCACCGAUUAGAAAAGCUGCUUUUGUUGAGAGGAAUCAGCUAAUCUCAACAAUAAUAAGUAAUUGUUCUUUGAAAAAUAUUGAAAUAUUGUAGUUUAUAAUAAAAGACAUAGUUUUUUUUUAAAUAUAGGUACUAUAUUAUAAUAAUUGAUAAUUAAUAGUGUCAAGAGAUACUAUGACAUAGAGUUAUUUUAUAAAUAGGGUUUCAGAGGUCUCACACCUUACCAUUGAUUGUUUAUGAACAAUCUGUGUAAAACUAACAAAAGUUUCAAUGAUAUAUGGUAUGCACUAUGUAUAGUGGUAGCCGAUUUUAUAGCGAAGCGCUCCUAUAUAAGGUUGUAUCAUAAAAAAUUUAAAAAUACUUUCUCAUUUAAAAAUACAAAAUUUUUGAGGAAAUAUUACAAUAAUUUUUUGGAUUGUAUUUUUUUGUCAUGUAUGUUUUUGAUCCCACCCUAUUUAUUUUCACUGAUACGUUUAAUUUAUAUUUUAUAUUGAUGUGUAUAAAUGACCUUGCCAAAGAUUUAGAGUUAAUUGUACAAUGUAAUCUAUUUAAUGAAAUCCUAUUAAGUUUUUAUUUAACUGUACAAUAGUAUAGAAUUAGGCAUGUUGUUGUAUAGUUGUACUUGUAGCGCAAAUACUGUUGCUAUUUUUUGUAUGCGAUCAAUAAAUUAACGUUAUUGCUUCGUUAUUUUUAAUUGUAUGUAUGUGUAUUAUGUCCAUUAUAGAUAUCCAAAUAUUUAACAGUAUAGGGCAUUCACAACUAUAAGGUGUCACAUUAUUUUACCUACUUCGGUAUAGCUUAGAGAGAAUUUGAGACUUAGUCGCAGACCACUCACCACACAGUAUAGAUUUCCUAUGUUAUACAUCAGUGGCCCCUGUCUUCUUUAUAUUGUAAUGAUUGUUAGCCGACUGUACAUAUAACAUACUCGUCGUAACAAUUAGUUAUGUGUUUAAAUUGAUAACCCUCACUUCUGGGAUUCAUUACAAAAAUAAAACUAAACACAAAAUUUUAUGAACGAUGCAGGACUUGAACCCGCGAUCUCUCGCGUUUCGUGUGAGCGCUAUUUCCAACUGAGCCAACCGUUCGAGUGACGUAUCGUUGAUAAAAUCUUGUUUGCUUUGUUCAACUUUCAGGUUAUACUCGUCGUAAUGUUUGUGUGAAGCAGUACACUAUAAAUGACAUGUUCGUUGUAUUGACUUGAUAAUAUAGCUGUCUAUAUAUUUACUAGUGCCAGGCUUCUUUACACAGUAGGUACGCUGGGUACGUGGGUGUCUUAGCAGCGUCGUUUUCUGUCGUCAAUCUGUAAUGUGCAUCCACUCUUGUGUUCCAUUUUAAAGGGAAAAUUAGUUUAAUCCUAGUGAAAUUUUUGGGCUAAUGAUAUUUAACAUCGAAUGUCUCAAAAUGAUGAGCGUAUUUGCUACGCCUAUCACUUUGGGUCUUUCAAGCAUCCUGAGACCACCACCUGGUGCACUUCUUGCUUUUCUUAUCUUUUGAAAUUGAUAAAGCUGUCAUCUCUAUGGGUAAUUAAAAAAAUACGGCUUAAAACGACAGUUGUACUCAUCUCAACCGUAAUUGAUAUUUUGUUUACACUUGGGGGUUCCAAAACGACGAUACGCUUUGAAAAACUAACUUUGUGUUUUCUUUUUUUAAUAUAUAUACGCUCUACAGACGUGUCUUUUUCAUUUGUUAGUAUUAUUUAAAUCGUCGCAUAAACUUUAAGUAGCUAUGUUAAAGUAGUACCUACUGAGGCGGAGAGCUGAAGAACCUUUUUUUUACUUUUGCUGUUUAGCACUGCCUUUUAAUUUGAUGUCUAAGAAAAACUACAUUAAAUGGUAUAUUUCACUGUAAUCACACAACAGUUAAGAAGCAUUUACGGCCGUUUUCAGUACCGUAUCUCUAGUUAUGGAUACAUUGCUGUCACCGUUUAUUGACACAUUGCUGUCACCGUUUAUUGACAAGAUCUUAUCUAUCUACAGUUAUGUCCAAUAUAGUUAUAGUCCAAUGCUUUAUGUCGAUAGGUUAUUGAAAUGUAAGUAAGCGUAAAGGGAUAGAUUUGUCUACCGCUAGUAAGUUAAACUAAGGAUAGAUAGGUUAUUGAAAACGGCCGAUAGUCAACAUGUGACAGACAACAAAUAAUAUUUUGAUGUACAUAGUGAUUGUGACACGAACAAACAUUGCCUAUGCUCUGGUUAACUUCGACAGUGACCUUGUAAAUAAAAUAAAUAUAUUGUGGUUAAUCAACGCUCUCUGUUUGUUUUUAUAUUUAUAUAUGUUUUUAUAUUGCACAUUUGUUUAACUAAGGAUGUAUGAUAUACUUGUAAUAUUAUAUUUUGAACUGACAAUAAAUUAUUCAACUUUUUUUUAGCCCCGCAGUAUCAUGAUGUAGGUAGUGAUACAGAAAUAUUUAAUAAAACUAUUUUAAGUUCCAAAUGCCUGUUAAUGUUUUAUAAUAUUGCGUUAUAAUAUAAGUCUAAGUGUGACAGACAACCACCACAAAUGAUAUCCCCGCGGAUAGCGAAACUAUCUAAGAAAAAAGCGGUUGUAUGAAACGUGCAGUCAUUGAUAGAUUGACAGGUGACGGCUGUAAUCUUUUUAAAAACGGAUCACCUACGUUUUAAGCAACCGUUUGCUUUCAAACUUAGCAGGAUUAUACUUCGUCGCCAUAUUAUUGCAAUUACUAUUUCAAACUUAUGUCAAAUGACUGCACGUUUCAUACCAAACUAAAUUUCAAUUUUUACUGAGGCAGUCUCGCCUCUUAUUACGUAGUAUUUACAUCCUCUUUGGUAGUGAAUAUUAGACAUUCGUUGCUUUACCGCUCGCCCAACUUUAGGUACGCUCUGAAGUUGCACCCCAACUAUUCGCAGCAACGUCGAAGAGACUUUGAAAUUUUUCAAGGGGUAUAGUGUUGUGGAAGAUAUGCUAUAUUAUAUUUAUGAUAUCAUAUCUAGUGCCAAAAACAUUCUUUUACUUUAUGGUUCUGAAUUUUGAUAACAAUUUAGUACCUAGUUUUACUUAGACUCAUAAGGAAACGUUUUAUAUAUAACUACAAAUAACUGGCCUAUACAGCAUGUGUAUUUAUUUUUGAUAAGCAUAAACCGAUGUGUAUAAUAGAAUAAAUUAAUUUCUGCCUUUUGUAAUAGUUUUGUUAAAUAGAAAUUAUUUUGUACAUAAUUAUAUCGCCAAUGCUCAAACAACGUGCACCAAUAAUUUUAAUCGUGGCUUUAUACUGAACGCUCACAAGUACAAGGUAAUGGAAUCAUAUAAUUCUAAAUAAGGAGAUACUAGAAGUGACAUACCUAGUCCAGCCAUAUGUUCUGUUACAAAUGAAAAUGCAUUUUUUUAAAAUAAAGUGAUGUAAUAUUAUUAAAAUUUAUGCCUACAUAUUUAUUAACGUCUCAGCAAAAAAUAAAAAAAUAUUCUAUUCGAAAUGGCCACCUUUAGCUUUUAUACAGGCCUUUAAUCUUUUUGGCCAUGACAUGGAUUUACGCACUGUUUCCAAGGGAAAUUCUGCCACUGCUUGCUCCACAUUUUUUAAGAGAGUCGAUGUCACCGUGUCGUUUAGAGCAGGCCAUUUCCUCUAAAACUGACCAUAAUUUGAAGUCUAAAGGGUUGAGGUCUGGGCUAGUUAAGGCCACUCUUCAACUCUUAUAAAGUCCGGAACGUUGGUUUCAAGCCAAGCUUGGGUAGUUCGUGCCUUGUGACCAGGUGGAGAGUCCUGUUGGGAAGUCUACGGUAUAUUUUUAAAAAGUGUAUUGCUGAGAGGUUUCACAACAUGAUCCAAGACUGUAACUUGAUACACUUUGGCUGAGGUUUUCACUCCUUUUUCACAAAAAUGUAGUUUUGUGACUCCUUGAUAAGACACGCCCCAUCAAACCAUCACUGACGCAGGAUCCAUGACCAUGACCACGUUGUACCUUUCGUGAGCGUACACUUUAUCAUUUUGCUUAUUGUAGUGUUCUUCAAUCGUGAAAAUUUUUUCAUCGGUAAAGAGGAUAUUUCUGUUACUUUCACCUGCGUAUCGCGACAGAAGGCGUUUUGAUCGAUCCACUCUCUUUAAUUGUAUAGAUUGAUUUAGGGCAUGUCCUGAAUAUUGGCGAUAAGCACCGAGCUUCAGCUCUUGUUUUAUAAUACGCGACAGAGUCCUAGCGGGAAUCUUAAUUUCUCGCGAUAAGAUUUUUUGUUGAUUGUACGAUUUACGAACAUACGGCUGAUACCAAGCUUUUGAAGUGUCUGGAAUAUGAUCGACGGCUCCAUACCCACUUUGUGCAAGGCGAUCACUGCAAUAGAUACUAUUUUCUUUAACACUCCAUUCCAUAUUGUUAUUUGAUAGUGAACACGAAAAAAUAUGUGAAAUGGCGCAAAAUCGAAAUAAGUUUUUAAAAUAAUAUAGGUACGUGUUCCAAUUUCAAAAUAAUUGAAAAGUUGAAAAAAAGAAAAGUUUUUAUGUAACGGUAUUUAUGGCCAGACUAGUUUGAUGUGGUAAAAAUGUCGCCUCAGGUGACUUACAGAUCACUACCGAAAUAAGUAGUGAUUUAGUAUUAAUCGGAACGGUGGACGUAAAACAACGGUAAAUAUGGUGUAUUUCAUAACUAUACCAAUCAAAAUAUUGCAUUUCAUUGGUUAUCUUGUUUUAAGUAUACUGAUGUUUUAUUUAAAAAGAAAACAUAUGGGAAUCAUUUUGCACACCACAGCUACACAAGUUAAUAUCAGGACCGUUGCAAGCAAACGUAGCAAUAUAUUGUUAAUAAAUAUAGAUAGUUGUCCCGCAAGGAGUUAGCACAUAUUACACUUCUACUAUCUUCUUUUUGUAUUUUUAUUAAUGGAACCGCAUCGAUAGAAUAAGUCGAUUAUUAAAAUUAAACUUCUGCGGCCUUACAAAUAAAAUUGGCAUAAAGUUUUAUUUUUUUUGGGAUUUUAUGAGCUGGUAACUAAGAGGCAUAAAAUUAUAAUAAAGCAUAAACCAAGAAUAUGUAAAAUGUUUACAAAUAGACAUUUUGCUUACGAAUGGUUUGUUCGGACGUAAAACGUUUCCCGCGUUUAUUUGCAGGGCAGCUUGUCAUUCGGAAAACUUCAGAAUUAUUAUCAUUGUAUUGACAGUGUUGUCAACGAUAUUGUAAACAUUUUGCAUUUUCUUUGUUUAUCAUCAGUUAUAACUUUCUACCGUAAAAUAAAGUGAAGUGAUAAGUAAACUGUGAAAUGAAAAGUAUACAUAUUUAGAUAAUAAGAAAAGACGACUUAAAGGUCUUAGUUACCAGGUCAUAAAAUCCAAAAAAAAAAACUUUAUACCAAGUUUAUUUGUAAGGCCGCUGAUGUUUCAUAUUAUGUAAAGGAAGAAAGCUAUGGUGGCUAUAAUGUAGUAGGUAAAAUACGUAGGCAUAUUAUCACAACGACUGAUUAUAACUUAUUCCUAUUAUUUUCCCCAAAAUUGUGUUUUAUGUGUCAACAAAUUAAAAAUUCAUAUGAAAGUUUUGAUUUAAGCAAAUUUGCCAACAUCAACGUAAGUAGUUGUCUUCCAAAGGAAGCUUAGUACCUGAGUUUCAAAUGAAAAUAAUCAAAACUUAUGUAUAUUAUUGUAAUAUGUAAGCACUUGAUGUAAUUAUUGAAUGUUGUAAAUAAAAUUUACAUAUUUUGUGUAA